AUGAAUCUUGAGAUGCUCAGCAAGCACAUGUGUCCUGCAGGUGCCCCGAUAAGGUCCAGAAACGUGCAUAUUCCGGCAUCGAAACUUCUCGUGCACGCAGGACGCCUGCCAUCUCUGCCGGCCUUGGUUGAUCGGAGCGGUGAACUAGGCGACGACAAAGGCUAUAUGGCUUCUCUUAAAGCGAUGCUCCGCGUUCUCGUUGAUCCGGAGAAUUCCAAAACAUGUGUGAUCUUCGAGAAGAGCCCUAAUUCUCCAGACCCCGCUCACGCUUACUACUUCUUUGACAACAAUCCGGACGUCGUCCAGGCAAAGACCUCUAGCCAGCAGUCAGAACCGUUUCCAAAGGAAAUCCUGAGCUGUGAGCAGCCCUGGGCAAACCACUGCACUGGAGCCACCGAGAUGCUCCCUGAUACGCCAAACAAACUGUCAAUGGCCAACACACAAACGAUGAAACAAGACGUUUGUUUCUGGUCAGAUGCCCUGACUCCCUUCGAGAUUGAGGAUUCUGGGUUUCCAUCCCACGAAUAUACCUGUCUCUCGAUGAUUCAAGACCAUCACCAUCCCACUUUUCAUGGUGGGAAUCUCUCCGUCCUGAAAUAUGUCGAGCAACAUGAUGAGUCCACCUCGGACACAACCGUAUCCGCGGACGCUUUCUCCGACGUGGAGUCCAAGCCCGACAUUUUUCCUUCCGUGUAUGCCCAUCCAAUCCGCAAGCCCAACUCAUAUUCGACCGCCACCUCCUUUCAAUCGUUCUCAGACCCUGAAAUCGCUUCAAGUACGACAUCGCCCGCAAGCUCGCAGGAGUACCUCCCAGGCGUGGGCAGACAUGGCAUCCACAAGACCCACUGGCUGGAUGGCCAGGUAGGGAGCGCUGUGCUGCUGAGCCAGAGCUCGCCAGGCAGCGUCGAGGAUCCCUAUACCCCUGUUGUGAGUACAUGCGGGGGCACCGCGCCUCUCCACUGGUCAAGCAGCGGAAUUCCAACGUCCUGGGAGAUGCAGAGCCAGGAGACCGAUCUCCAGGGGGCUCAUUGGGGCAACGUACGCUGUUUUCCCGGCGUACACGCCCAUGGGCGCCCUGUCGGCGGGGACCCUCAGCUGAGUACGCAUACAAUCGACAACGUUCAUGGCUGUUUACCUCUCCUCAACGACGCUCAGCCCUAUCUUCAGCAUCCACCAUCGUUCCUGCAUGUCAGCAGACCGCCCGUCUACAGCGCCGGCUCCGCGAGCGGCAAGGAUCGGGAUGCCGUCGAACAGGGGGCGAGUCCGUUGCACUUUGCCAACAGCGAGCUCAUGUACCACCAGCAUGGGUACGAAGUCACCCCAUCCGUACAGUCGGACCUCGCUGGCAACCCAACAUUACCAUGUCCAGGACGAAGAGGUUCGAGAGCGAUCCCCUGUCACAGUGAAAACCGCAAUGCUUUCUUGAUCGAGUGCAAGCGUCGUGGGCUAUCAUACAAAGACAUCAAAAGGCUCGGCGGGUUCAAGGAGGCCGAGUCCACCCUGCGCGGCAGGUUUCGGACGCUCACCAAAACAAAGGAGCAAAGAGUGAGGAAGCCACAGUGGAAGGAAAAGGAUAUAAGACUUCUCUGUGAGGCGGUAAAUGCCUGUUCGAAUUCCGGAAAGCAGGUCUCGAAUUCAUACAGUUGGUCGUGUCGGCCUAGAGGUUUGGGAUUGCCCCCGAAAGUCUCCUGGAAGAAGGUCGCGCAGUACAUUUGGACGCAUGGAGGCUCGUAUCAUUUUGGGAAUGCCACUUGCAAAAAGAAGUGGUGUGAAGUACACAGUGUAAAGAUAUGA